GAGGGCAGCUGGCGGUCUGUGCUCGGCUCGGCUCACUGCUAGUAAUGGCGCUGCGGGCUGGCCAGCUCUUUUCUCCGUGGCUCCUCACGGUUGCUUUGUUAUUGCUCGCGAGCGGACCACAGUUUGUACUUAGUUGUCCGAGUCGCUGUUUGUGUUUCCGAACCACCGUGAGAUGUAUGCAUCUCAACUUGGAAACCGUACCAGCAGUUUCUCUCCAGACUACCAUCCUCGACCUCAGGUUCAACAAAAUCAAGGAUCUACAACCAGGUUCCUUCAAACGAUUAAAGAACCUCAAUACACUCCUCCUCAACAACAAUCAUAUACGAAGGAUCCCCAGGGGGGUAUUUGAAGAUCUGGAAAACCUCAAAUAUCUCUAUUUGUACAAGAAUGAAAUCCAAUCAAUUGACAGACAAGCAUUUAAGGGGCUUGUUUCUCUUGAGCAACUGUACCUGCACUUCAACAACAUUGAGUCGUUGGAACCAGAAUCAUUCACUCAACUACCAAAGCUGGAGCGACUGUUUUUGCACAACAACAGAAUCACCCAACUAGUCCCGGGAACCUUCACUCAACUUCAGUCCAUGAAGCGAUUGCGACUGGAUUCCAAUUCGUUAAACUGUGACUGUGAGCUGCUGUGGCUGGCUGACCUGCUGAAGCAGUAUGCUGAGUCGGGAAAUGCCCAGGCUGCUGCCACUUGUGACUACCCAAGCCGCCUGCAGGGCAGAUCGGUGGCAACACUCACCGCCCAGGAGCUCAACUGUGAGGUACCCAGGAUCACCUCGGAGCCGCGGGAUGUGGAUGUGACCUCAGGGAACACUGUUUACUUCACCUGUAGGGCCGAAGGAAACCCAAAACCACAAAUCAUCUGGCUCAGGAACAACAAUGCUCUAAACAUGCGUGAUGACAGCCGUCUGAACCUGCUGGAAGACGGGACGCUGAUGAUUCAGAACACCAGGGAGACAGACCAGGGGGUCUACCAGUGCAUGGCCAAAAACGUGGCUGGGGAGGUCAAGACUUCAGAGGUCACGCUGCGAUAUUUUGGAGCCCCAACACGGCCAAGUUUUGUGAUCCAGCCGCAAAACACGGAGGUGCUGGUGGGAGAGAGUGUGACCCUGGAAUGCAGCGCCACCGGCCAGCCGCAGCCCCGUGUUUCUUGGACAAAGGGCGAUCGGACCCCGCUGCCCAACGACGCUCGCAUCAACAUCACACCCUCUGGAGGGCUUUUUAUCCAGAAAGUGGUCCAGGAGGAUGGGGGACAGUAUACCUGUUUUGCCUCCAAUAAUGUUGAUACCAUACACGCGACAGCAUAUAUCAUCGUACAAGCAAUCCCACAGUUCACGGUCACGCCGCAGGACCAAUCAGCACUGGAGGGUCACACAGUGGACUUCCCCUGUGAGGCAAGUGGUUACCCCCAGCCGGUGAUUGCCUGGACGCGUGGGGGCAGUCCAUUACCCAUAGAUCGCCGCCAUGUGGUCCUGUCUUCCGGUACUCUCCGCAUCACUCGAGUGGCCGCCCAUGACGAGGGCCAGUAUGAGUGUCAGGCAGUCAGCCCUGUGGGGACUGUGCGCACCGCCGUGCAGCUCGGCAUCCAGCAGAGAGUAACGCCUGUUUUCACAAAUGCUCCAAGGGACCUGACGACAGAGUCUGGCCAGGACGUCCAGAUUCCCUGCAGCGCUCAGGGCCAGCCUCAACCUGUGCUCACCUGGAACAAGGAUGGUAUACAGGUGACAGAGAGCGGCAAGUUCCACAUCAGCCCUGAAGGUUUUCUAGAGGUGAAGGACGUGGGCACUGCUGAUGCCGGACGCUAUGAAUGUGUCGCCCGCAAUCCAAUCGGCUACCAAGUGGCCAGCAUGGUGCUCACUGUGACAGUUCCUGCAGUCAGCAGAGAGGGAGACACCUUUGUGAGCACUUCCAUCGAACAAGCCAUCCGUAGUGUGGACAGCGCUAUUGAGUCGACAAGAAGACGGCUCUUUGAUGGUCAGCCUCGUACCCCAGGAGAGCUGCUUGCCCUUUUCCGGUAUCCACGAGACCCCUACACAGUGGAGCGGGCGCGUGCCGGGGAGAUCUUCGAGCAGACGCUUCUGCUCAUCCAGAACCACGUCAACCAGGGUCUCAUGGUGGACACCAACGGCACCGCAUUUCGCUACAACGACCUGGUGUCCCCUCACUUCCUGGAGGUCAUUGCCAACCUGUCCGGCUGCACGGCCCACCGUCGCUUCAACAACUGCUCUGACAUUUGUUUCCACCAGAAGUACCGCAGCCACGACGGGACCUGCAACAACCUGCAGCACCCCAUGUGGGGCGCUUCACUCACAGCCUUUGUGCGCCUGCUGAAGUCUGUCUAUGAUAAUGGUUUCAACCUGCCGAGAGGUGCUACUGGGCAGCUGCAUAAUGGACACAGUCUGCCUCUGCCCAGGCUGGUUUCCACCUUCAUGAUGGGCACAGAGACCAUCACCCCUGAUGACCGAUACACCCACAUGCUCAUGCAAUGGGGUCAGUUUCUAGACCACGAUAUGGACUCGACAGUGGCAGCCCUCAGCCAGUCGCGGUUCUCUGACGGCCAGCUGUGUACGCAGGUCUGCACCAAUGACCCGCCCUGCUACCCAAUCCAGUUUCCACCCAAUGACCCUCGGCAGCUGCGGAGUGGCGCCCGCUGCAUGUUCUUUGUCCGAUCCAGCCCUGUGUGUGGCAGCGGGAUGACUUCCCUUCUCAUGAACAGCGUUUACCCGAGAGAGCAAAUCAACCAGCUGACCUCUUACAUCGACGCCUCAAAUGUCUACGGCAGUUCACGGCACGAGUCAGAGGAAAUCCGCGAUUUGGCAAGCCAAAGGGGUCUGCUCCGGCAAGGUAUCAUCCAGCGAACAGGGAAGCCUCUUCUUCCAUUUGCUUCUGGACCACCCACCGAGUGCAUGAAGGACGAAAAUGAGAGUCCAAUUCCAUGUUUCUUAGCUGGAGAUCACCGAGCCAAUGAGCAGCUCGGUCUGACCGCCAUGCACACGGUGUGGUUCAGAGAACACAACCGCAUAGCCACAGAGCUCCUGAGACUGAACCCCCACUGGGACGGAGACACCAUCUACCACGAGGCCAGGAAGAUAGUGGGGGCCCAGAUGCAGCACAUCACCUACAGUCACUGGUUGCCAAAGAUCCUGGGUGAUGCAGGCAUGAAGUUGAUGGACACAUACACCGGUUACAACCCAAAUAUUAACACCGGCAUCCUAAAUGCUUUCGCCACUGCUGCUUUCCGCUUCGGGCACACCCUCAUCAACCCAAUACUGUACAGGUUAGACGAGGACUUCCAGCCCAUCCCCCAGGGACACAUCUCCCUGCACCGGGCCUUCUUCUCUCCGUUCCGCAUCGUGAAUGAGGGCGGAAUCGACCCACUCCUUCGCGGGCUCUUUGGUGUCGCUGGUAAAAUGAGGGUUUCCACUCAGCUGGUGAAUACAGAGCUGACGGAGAGGUUGUUCUCCAUGGUCCACGCUGUGGCUCUGGAUCUGGCUGCUAUGAAUAUUCAGAGAGGGAGGGAUCACGGUAUACCACCGUACAAUGAUUACAGGACCUUCUGUAACCUAACCUCAGCACAAACGUUUGAUGACCUUAGGAAUGAGAUUAAGAAUCCUACUGUCAGAGAGAAACUGCAGAGGCUAUAUGGCACUCCUCUGAACAUCGAUCUGUUCCCUGCACUGAUGGCUGAAGAUCUGGUCCCUGGCAGUAGACUGGGGCCCACCCUCAUGUGUUUGCUGACAACUCAAUUCAAGCGCCUACGGGAUGGAGACAGGUUCUGGUAUGAAAACGCGGGCGUGUUCUCUCCUGCCCAACUGACACAGUUGAAGCAGGCCUCUCUGACACGGGUGCUGUGUGACAACGGGGACAACAUCACACGCGUCCAGCACGACGUCUUCAGGGUGGCCGAGCUGCCCCACGGCUACGGCAGCUGUGAGGACGUCCCUCAGAUCGACCUGCGCAUGUGGCAGGACUGCUGUGAAGACUGCAGAACUAAGGGUCAGUUCAACGCCCUGUCGUACCACUUCAGAGGACGCCGGUCAGCUGAGCACAGCUACAAAGAGGAGGCACCCGCAGACAGCGUCCAGGAAACCAGACUGUUGGAGGAAGCUGUAGAAAGUCCUGUGAAGGUAGAUGAGACCUCCAAAAAAAGCACUGAACCAUCAAUGAACGACUUCCAGGGCUUUGUUACCGAUAUGCAGAAGACGAUCACAAGUUUACGAAAGCAGAUUAAAAAGCUGGAGGGCCGUCUGAGCAAGACUGACUGCACUGACAGUGAGGGACGUGAUCGGACCGAUGGAGAUCGGUGGAAAAAGGACUCUUGCACCACAUGUGAAUGCAGAGGCAUCCAGGUGACCUGCUUUGUGGAGUCCUGUCCACCGACCGAGUGCAAGCAGCCUGUCAAGCUAAAAGGAGCCUGCUGCCCUCUGUGCUUUCCACAGGCUGAUGUUAAGAAGCGGCAAGAAGCAGACACCCGCCACGAAUAAACCCUCAGGACCCCCCCCCCACCCACCCGCCAACACUCUAGUGGCUGAGAGUCACACACAGACAUACAGAGAGAGGAUGGGACUCAUGAAGGUGUGCCAACCCACUGCCACCAAUAUCCUCAAUUGACCCAAUAGCCUCAGUUUUUGUUUUGUUUUUUCAUUUUGUAUUAUUAUUUCCGUUGAUGGGGGAAGGGGGUGACUAUAUUUAAAUGUUUGGAUUGUUGCCCCCACCAGGGCCAGCAGCCUGAGGCUCGGUUUGAAAUGGUCUGGCAGCCGGCCAGAGAUCACUAAAUGGAUCUAUUUCCUGAACCGAUGGAUGAAUGGGUGGAUUGUAAACACGACGGACAAACCUCUCCUCCUGUGCUCAGUGUAACAAACAGCCGCUGUGUUUGUUCUCCUGCCAAUAACACUUGUGACAAAACACAGGGCCACUCGCCGUCGACCAGCAGGAAAGGGAAGUAGAUUGAAAAGCGGCAGCCAUCUUGUUGUCUCCCAAGUUUCUCAGGUUAGAUGCCGAAAACUGGUGCUAUUUCCCCUUUUUUAUUCAUGAUUUAAUCACUAAAUACAAACCUUAAAAGUAUUGUUUUUGUAUACAAAGCAACCUUUAUACACUGAGUAUAUGCCUUUUUUUAUAAUAAAUCACAAAUGAGAGGAUGGUUUCAUUCAAACUGAGACUUUCUAUAAAUAGAGAUUUCAUCUUUUAAUCCAAGGUGCUUUAUAUCAUGUUAUUAAUAUGUUUUUCCCUCUCUUUUUAUAUUAAAAUGCUUACAUAUGAAGAUAAUGUGAAGCCCUAGGAAAAUGUUUGUAACGCAAAAGAGAUGUCUACUGAUCACUGCUCCUCUAUACCUGGACAACCUGUCGGCUGUCCUGAACUUGAGUGAGGUGGAGCCGUGUAGCACUCCCCAUUGCAGGACACUCAAAACCAGCUCUUGCACAUUUGUGCUCCUUUCCAACUUUCAUUUUGCUUUCAGAAAGCAGUAAGAGAAAAUCCCUUUUUUUUACCACUGCAAUCUCAAGAACUAUGUCCCAGUAUUCUCUUCGGUCUCAAAUGCGUGAUUAAGUUACUUCUAAAAUGAAAUUAAUAGCACAUGUCUAUCUAUGAUACUCUGUACAAAUGUUGUAAUGAGGUCAGGAUUUGGUACUGCUAGCUCUACCACAGCAGUAUUCUCCUUUGGGCCUGGUCACAGAUUGUUGUUAUUCAUGUAUAGUGUUUUGUCCACAGACUACACACUAUUGAAGGACUGCUACCAUACAUUAACUGUUGACUGUUCCUCUCCGCUGUGCUGGACCUGCAGCUCCAGUUUAGACAAGGACACGCUUGCACGCAUUCCUUUCUCAGGCCUCCGCUUUGACUCAAUCUUUUCCCUUUUCUAAGUUUCUUCUCAUGUGUGUUCAGAUUUCCCCUGUGAGCACCGUCUUCAGUGUUGAUAUAGGUUAGGAAUGCUCGUCCUGCUCAUGUUUCUCUGCCAUGUUGAAGAUUUUGAGACCGGGGUGACGUCAUUCAGCAGAGCAUGUGUUGAGCGCAGCCUUCUCCAGCGCUCUGACCCUCAUUCCGCUCUAAUGGAAGCCAUAUGAGAGGGGAAGCAAGGGUAGUGUAGGGGGAGGGGCACUCAUGAUUGGGAUACAGUGUCAAUCAAAACAUGACUCCACCAUCCUGCUAUUGUGAAAUGUAUUCCACUGACCGCCCACAUGGACUGUACUUAGACUGUACACCCUUUGUACGCCGUGCACUGGCCACUCAGUGAAGCCUGCGUCACCUUUUUGUUUUCCUGUUUUUAUCCGCUCAUAAUUCUGGAGAAGUGGCUGCAGGGUUCCUUUCCAUUGUUUUCUUUCCGAGUAAUGUCCUGAGCGAGCAUCUGUCACUAAACAGGGAUAAUGCUCUCUGGAAUCUUCCCUGCAGGAUUCCACAUGGAUUACUGGGCUGGCAGCAGCACUGGUGAACUGUUAUCAUAUCAAUGUUGAAAUGUACUGGUCAGGUUUGUGUUUACAGCCUUUAAAAUCUGUUUUCCUCUCUCAAUCACUUUCUGAUUUUCUCUCUAAAACACAUCUUGUGCUCAAAUGUUAAUGAAUUUAGUAUUUUUCAUUUAUAUCCAUAAACGUGUAUGAAUGGCUGUCAGGCUAAAUGCAUUUUGGCAAGUGUCCCAUGUUUUGGCUGUCAAAGCACUGUGAGCUUUCAUGUUACCUGUCAGCGUAGUCACAUAUCUGUUGUAUUAGUUCUUUUUUUUUCUCUUCUGUUUUCAUCAUAGUUCCCUUGUUUUUUUUAUUCCUCCCAAGAAAGUAUCAAUGGAUGCACUGCUCUGCAAGACUGAACAUGCUUUACCUACACUGUCCCUUAGCCAGUGGUCUAUGUGGAUAUAUAUUAGUACCUAUCAUGACAAUUGUAUUGUACGUAUGCCAAAGAAUGGUUUGCACUGUAAUGUAUGUAUGCCUCUCCAUAGUAAUAAUUAAUAAAUAAAUAAGCCACAUGUUAAUUAUAGUAA